AGGUGGCUCUCCCCCCGCCCCCCACGCCCCGCCCGGCCCCAAGAAAGCCCAUUGGCCGCUGCGUGGGGCCGCGUGCUGCCUCGCGCCUGUGACUGUCGCACGUGCUGGGGCCGGAAGCAGGCGUCGCAGCGAUGGCGUCGUUAUUUUGGGGAGGCGACGCGGGGGCCGCGGAGAGCGAGCGGCUGAACGGCCACUUUUCAAACCUCAUCCACUCCCAGAAGAACCUUCUGGGUAUCAAGAGUGCUACCAUCCCAAACACAGAUGGUUCUGUUGAUAGGAUCGAAGAAGAUGAUGAAGAUGAUGUAGUGGAUUUGGCAGCUAAUUCACUGUUAAACAAGUUAAUCCGGCAGUCCUUAGUAGAAUCGAGUCACCGGGUUGAAGUCUUACAAAAGGAUCCCAGCUCUCCACUCUACUCAGUGAAAACAUUUGAAGAGCUUCGGCUCAAGGAAGAGUUACUAAAAGGGAUCUAUGCAAUGGGAUUUAAUAGACCAUCCAAAAUUCAAGAGAUGGCUCUCCCCAUGAUGCUGGCACAUCCACCCCAGAACCUCAUCGCCCAGAGCCAGUCUGGAACAGGAAAGACAGCUGCCUUUGUCUUGGCAAUGCUCAGCAGAGUUAAUGCCUUGAACUUGUUUCCACAGUGCCUCUGCUUGGCUCCUACUUAUGAACUGGCUCUGCAAACUGGCCGUGUGGUCGAACGGAUGGGGAAAUUCUGUGUGGAUGUUCAAGUGAUGUAUGCCAUUCGAGGGAAUCGAAUUCCCUGAGGCAUGGAUGUCACCAAACAGAUUGUAAUUGGCACUCCUGGGACUGUCCUGGAUUGGUGUUUCAAGCGAAAAUUAAUUGAUUUGACUAAGAUUCGUGUGUUUGUGCUGGAUGAAGCUGAUGUGAUGAUCGACACGCAGGGAUUCGCAGACCAAAGCAUUCGUAUUCAAAGGUAACCUUCACAUCCAUCCUUUUCAUCCUGGAUCUUCUGUCCAGAUAAGGGAUUUCAUUUGUCCACUGCUCUUCACUGUCUUUACUGCUUAUUCCCCACUUCCUUCUCCUUUAAAGCAGAUUGGGUUUUCCUGAUUUUCAGGAGCUCAGUGAGCCUUCGACCUCCUGUAAUUUCCCACUUCAUCUUGUAAUCUUGGUUUACUCUUGUGCCCUAGGCUCACAGAUGGAAUCCAUAUAGUGGGUCUGCACCAAAUUUUGCCAGUAAUCUUAUAUUUGAGCAAAAUUCUAAAGAGAAUUUAUUAAAACCCCAUAGUGCUAUUGUAAAGACACAGUAACCUGGGGUCAUCAGCCUAGUGGUCUAGUCCUGACCUUGCCUGUAAGUUGUUAAGUAAAUCUUGUAAUUUUGCUAGGCCUCUCUCCCAGGAUCCCCAUGGGGCUUAAAAUUUCAGAUUAUCAGGCCUAACCUGAACCUUACAGAAUCAGAAUUUCUGGGAGCGGGCCUCUCUGUAUCACUUAUUUUUAAAGUACUUAUGGUGAUGGUGGUGUAGUCACUAAGUUGUGUCCGACUCUUGCGACCCCGUGGAC